AUGAGCUUGCUGGCCGUGAAUUGUUCUCAGUCUCGCACCGACGGCGACGGAUGUGGCGUUGACUAUGGUUUCUGCGACGGUGGUGGUUAUGUCCGCGGCGGCAACAACAUCGGAAAAAAGCGGAGCCGCGACGGUGGUGAAGUUGUUCAUUCCUUGAGUCGUCUUUCUCGUAAGAGGAUAUAUAAUGACGAACUUCCAUUCUCGAAAUGCCCCUCUGAAGCGGCCGCUCUAGAGCCGUUUUCACUUGGGCUUGGAGUUCAGGCUUUAAUGACUAAAUCGAGUAUAAUCAUCAAGGAAUCUUCACAGAUCUCAUGCAACAUUAAACUCUCCAUUCUCGAGAAAGAUGUGACGGCUAGAAAAUGUUUUACAAUUGGAAUGAAGGGUGGAUCCUGCUCUAACGAUGGAAAAAGGCUGUUGAAUCAAUAUAUUAAUCGGGUCCACAUGUUGUGUCCAUGCAAGGGAAUGAAGGGUGGAUCCUGCUCUAUCCAAAACUAA